GCAGCUAAGGGGAUGAUUUAAAUACCUUGUUGUCCUGGCAACCACGACCGGCAAAAACAUCAAAACAGCAAAUCGAAAAAGGUUGUCAGUGAACUAGUUGGUUAUGAGAAUGGAUACCGAGAUUAGGAGCAGCAGCAACUACUACAACAAUGGCCAGACAUUGCUGCCGCAUCGUUCCAAUUUAUUGCUGCAAAUGCUGCUACAGACCAAUGCCUACGUCUCGGUCAUCUGGAGUUUCAGCUAUUUGCUGCACAUGAUCAUCUGGUCGUUUCGAUUGUGGAACUACACUGGCCUGGCCAUGCUGCUGGCCUAUGUGCUGGCAGUUGGCACUGAAUCGCUGCGCCUCUAUGCCAGCUACUCAAUUAAUCUGGGCAUUGGUGCGACGACCAUGUGGUUGCUGUUGACGCUAACGCCUUGCGUCCUGCUGCCCGCGCUGGUCUAUCUGCGUCUGGCUGCUGCUUUGGGUGACUGCUGGCUGCAGUUCAUCUCGAAUGUGCAGCUUGUACUGAUUGCGUUGGAGGCGCUCGUGGCGCUCAUACAUUAUGCACUGUGCACCUCCAGCAUUAGGGAGAAGCAGUCGCGGCAACUGCUGAUGCUCAAGGCCAAACAACUGUAA